AUGUCAGCCACUCUUCAAGUGACCAUGCUUCGCCGAUCGACGACGCCUCUACGUACUUAUAGCCGCGCCUUCUCCGCCGCCGCCGCCGACAAGUUCCGUGUCGUCAUCGUCGGCACGGGCUGGGCUGGCUACAAGCUCCUCACGAACGGCAAGGCCCACCGCGCCGCGAUCGCCGCCGCCGUCGGGAAGGACGUCGAGUUUGUCGUCGUCUCGGAGCGCAACCAUUUCUUAUACACGCCGCUGCUCGCGAGUACAACCGUCGGGACGCUCGAGUUCCGCUCGAUCACCGAGCCUGUGCGCGAGAACGCGUUCCGUGAUGAGAAGGACUUUAUCUUGGCGAGCGUGCGCGAGAUCGACACGGUCGAGAAGAAGGUGUUGUGCACGAGCGUGCUCUGCGAUCGCACGUACAACGUCGACUACGACAUGCUCGUCGUGGCGUGCGGGUCGCGCCCGCUGACGUUUGGACUUCCCGGCGUCGACGAGCACGCCUUCUUCCUCAAGGAAAUCCACCACGCACGCGCGAUUCGGAAGCGCAUUUUGGAAAACUUUGAGCUCGCGACGCAGCCCGGCGUGCCGGAGGACGUCCAGCGCCAGCUAUUGCACUUUAUCGUGGUCGGCGGCGGCCCCACGGGCGUCGAAUUUUGCGCAGAGCUCUACGACUUUGUCGUGCAGGACCUCACGCGGCUCUAUCCCCACGUCACCAACCUCCUCCAAGUGUCGCUCAUUGACGCCGGCAGCAUCCUCUCCAUGUUCAGCGAGAGCCUCCGCGACCAAGCGAUGGUCAAGAUCGCCAAGCGCAAGAACAUGCGCAUCAUCAAGGCCAACUGCAAGGAAGUGCUGGCCGACGCCGUCAUCCUCGACUCGGGCGAUCGCAUUCCGUGUGGCCUCGUCGUCUGGUCGGCCGGCGUCGGGCCCAACGUGCUCACAAAGUCCCUGCCGUGGGCGAAGUCGAAGCGGGGCAACAUCCUCACCAACGACCACUGCCAGGUGCUGGGGCUACCGUCGUCGCCAUCGCACGUGAGUCCGUUUCAAGGCCUCCCCGAGGCGUCGUCAGUCUUUGCCAUUGGCGACUGCGCCGAGAUUCGAGACUACCCGCUGCCGGCGACAGCCCAGAAGGCGCAGGGCCAAGCCGAGUACUUGACGGCGCUUCUCAAGGGCGAGGCCCCGACGCCGUAUCGAUUUGAGAGUCUCGGGCUCAUGGCGUAUCUCGGGUCGUACGAAGGUCUCUUCCAGGCCAAAGAUGUCACGAUCGGCGACCGCACGGGUCCGAUCGCCAAGUUUGGUGGCUGGAAAGCGUGGUUUGUCUGGCGCAGCGCGUACCUCACCAAGCUCGGUAGCUGGCGCCUGCGCAUGCAAGUGCCUCUCGAUUGGCUCAAGGCCAUGGUCGUCGGUCGCGACGUCUCGCGCUUCUGA